AUGGCAGAAGCGUCUAAGGUUGAUUUCGAGGCGGCCUCGCUCAAUGAGCGGUACCUCAACUUUCGGGCGCGCAUUUUUGCUUUCGUGGAGAAGCCAAUCUUUAGUCAGGUUAUCAUGUUUGUGAUCGUAGCCAACGCUAUUACCUUGUCCCUAGACAAGUUUCCGCCUCACUCCAAGCCGGCUCGUGAUGCAAUUUUUGGAUUGAACCUGUUUUUCUACGCUGUCUUCUUGCUGGAGGCCAUUCUCUUGCACAUAGCGUACGGCUUUCAGCUCUAUUGGUUCAAGAUUGGCACUUGCUUUGACGGCGUUAUCCUCAUCGUGUCUACCAUGGAGUUGGUCUUUCGCGUUGGUGCGAUCCGCAGCUCAAGCACCGCUUUCCGCGCUCUGCGAGUCCUCAAACUCGCAAAUGGAUGGCAGAGCUUUCGCCUGUUGCUUAAGUCUGUGCAGCGCACACUGUCGCAAAUCGGGAACCUGCUUAUCCUGCUACUUGUCGUCAUCUACAUCUUUACUCUGCUUGGGCAGUCGUUUUUCGCCACGUGGUACAUGUUCGAUCCAAUGACAGGACAGUUUUUGAACCGGUGCGCGCCUCAGAAAGACUUCGCUCGCGACGAAGCCUACUGCCUAGAGACUUGCCACAUGCACGACCCACAACAACCUGGGGACCUCUCGCAAUCUGCAGGCACCGUCGCUGUGUCGUGGACAACAGCAGGUGCUGGAGCAGGGCCUUCACAACCGGCGACACCGAGUGCAAAGACGACGCCGAGUACCGUAACCGAAACAACAUCUGCUAAUGCAGUGAUCAACCGCAACCUUUUCAAGUGUUUACCUCGUUGGCACUUCGACGAAUUCUUUUGGGGCGUUCUGAGCGUGUUUGUGCUCAUCUCGGGUGACGCCUGGGAAAGCGUGAUGUUCGACGCCAUUAAGGCACGUGGCUACCCCUACUCACUGUACUUCAUUUUCGUGUUGGCGGUGGGCGUGUUCGUCGUUCUCAAUGUUUUCUUAGCGAUCCUGAUCGGAAACUUCGGCGAUGCGCAGGAGCGGGAGCAAGAUACAAGAGAGAAAAAGCUGUUCUUGCGGCGUCGCGCGCCCGCCAUGUGGAACCUUGACGCUGUAGGUAUGGACCCGUAUCACCAGUAUAACCCUGUGAUGAGGGUCAUUCUUCGUGCGAAGGACCUUCUUAUUGACGGCCGUGUACGAGAACCCGACAUGCCUAUCGGUGGAUCGACAGUGGAUGACGGCUUGUUCUUGAUGAAUGGACCUGCAUCCGGUGGUGUCGCGCUUGGUGUUGUCGCAGGAACAAGCGUUGCUACAACGUCUACUAGGCACCAGCAGAAUAAUCCUCAAGAAGAUGGCAGCUUUAACAUUAUUGGUAGUACUGUGGUCGUUCCACCGCUAGGUGUACACCAUACGAGUCGGCCGAACUUCGCAGAAACUACAACCGGUCGCUUCGACGCAUUGAUGGUAGCAGAUACACCAGAGGAAGCCAUAAAGCUACCCCGUCUACCGACCAAAGACACCUCACCAAACGCAUCACGAAGUUGCACCAAGACCAAGAGCAAGGAGAAACCAUUGGGGGUUGACAACGAGAGGGACGUCGACGCGGCGUUGUUAGUGCAGGUGCCUUUCCUUGGUGGCCCGCUAGAAGUGGCUGAAAGUCAACAGCAAGGGACGGCAACAAAUUCAAAUCUACAACCUCCUAGUACCGAGCCUGUGUCUAUGCGAGAGUUCACAACGUUGCUCAUCCUGCACCCGCUCUUUGACGCUUUAAUUCUCCUCUGCAUCAUACUGUCAGCGCUCUUUAUCACCGCGCAAAAUCCCUUAGAAGAUCCAAAUGCGGAUUGGUAUCGACAUUUGGAGAUCGGAAACCGGAUCUUUACUGUCAUCUUCACGAUCGAGAUCACGUUGCGAAUCAUCUGCUUCGGCGUUUUCGAAUUCCCUAGCGCGCCAAACCGCUAUUUGCCCUGGCAGACCUACGAGAUGAUGACUAAGGAAAACCAGCAAGGUGGCGGCUUAGUAGCACAAAGGAUAGCACCUGCGGUCGCUGGAACGCCUCCCAUAAUAAAUGUUGUAUCUUCGUCAAGUACCCCUGAACUGGGAGGAUACAGCCAGCGCAAGAGUAUAUCCGAAGACAAGGCGAGACGGGUUGCAGCAGAGACGUCGCUUUUCGCGCGUCUGGUGACGCGAAUGGAAAACGACACGAGGCAAUCAGCGAAGAAGCUGAAGCGAGGGCAGCGUCGCAGAGCGGAUCAGCGAACGCCUUUUCUGAAAAAUGGCUGGAAUUACCUGGAUCUCAUCGUCGUGGUUGUGAGUUGGCUCGAUGAGAUUCUCACUCUCAUCGCAGCUAGUGGCGGCACAGCGGAGAGUCUCUCCGGCCUACGCUCUCUGCGUGUCCUGCGGGCCUUGAGGCCUCUGAGGCUGGUCCAGCGCAAUGAAUCCUUGCGCUUGGUUGUGAACACGAUUCUACGGGUUCUCCCUCAGCUGUUGCACAUUGUGGUCGUCGCUUGUAUCGUUUUUGUGGUCUUUGCGUUGGUCGGCAUCUCGCUUUUCAAGGGUUCUUUCUACAGCUGUCAAACCA